ACAACAGCGGACGGCCAGUCAGUGGUGGUUGGUGACGACGAUCCCCCUACUACGUAAGUGUUCGCAACUCAAAAGUUGCUGAAUGUUUCGCGACUCGACCGUAGUUAGCAGAUGAAGAUGGAGGUCCUCUCCGAAAACUCUGAUCCUUCGACCCGGGGAACGAACGCCGGGCAGGCGGGAGUCCGCAUCAGUCAGCAGGCUGCCACGCCACAGCAGUCCACAGUUUUGUUUACCACACCUCAGCAGGGCACUCAGAUCACGCUUCAGCAGCCAAUCAGUAAUCUAUCAAUUGUACACGUCCAGCCACUGGCUCAGAGUGUGAUUCAACCCGCGUCGCACACACAAGGCUCCCAGGCGACAACUUCUGUGAUUCAGGCUACUUCGGCGGGCGCCAUCCAAAACCUGAAGAACCCAGUCAUUCUGACGGUCAAUAAGGGAUCGGUGAUACAGUCGGCGGCGGGUCAACAGGUUGCCGAGGAAGUACCGGUCCAAUUGGUGCACGGCGGCGUGAUCGGGGGGACCCUCGCCGAGGACGAAGGUACUCGGAAACGACGAGAGGUUCUCGCGAGGAGACCGUCAUACCGAAAAAUCCUCAACGAUUUGUCUAUGCCCCAACACGACGGUCAGACCAUGGGAACUCUUCAACAGGUUGUAGCGGGGUCGUCUUCGUCCGACAAAGACGAUACUGCUUCUGAUAGCGACUUUCAGCUAAAACCGUCAACGAUCCAACUUCAGACUGACGUCAAUACCCCACAGUACGUGCAGUACUCCAACGAUGGCCAGCUGUUCGUACCCGUUACUGUCUCUGGAGUCGGCGACCUGCAGACUUAUCAAUUGCGACCGGCGCAGGUCACGGGGGCCGGAACCCCAGUGGUGGUAACGACCGGCGGGGUGAGCCAAACGAGUCAAUCGAUGACGAUCGCUGAAGAAGCUGCCAGAAAACGUGAGCUACGCCUUCUGAAGAAUCGCGAAGCAGCCAAAGAGUGCAGACGGAAAAAGAAAGAUUACAUUAAAUGCCUCGAGAAUCGAGUUGCGGUCUUAGAGAAUCAGAACUCUGUGCUCAUAGAAGAACUCAAAACACUCAAAGACAUCUGUAGCAAAAAGAACGUUAACGAUAUGUAGCGAACUUCAUCCGAUCCCAAGUCUGUCCAGCAAUUAGUCGAUCCCAAACGCUUCUUCGCCGAGCGAUCGCUCGCUCGCUCGUUCGUUCGCGAGUUUGCUGUCGCCGCUGCACGACCUGCGUGGUUCUCCCGCGCGGUUCGGCUGCCGAAGUUCUGGAGCAUGGAUUGUCAUUGACGCCGUUUGGUGGGGUUUAGCAAUCCGAGGAGAGAAGUGAAAUCAUCGCAUUUCGAGUCGGCCCCCCUCAGUCAGUCAGCUCCAGGAGUAGUGGUGACAGCAAGCGCUUCCGAUGGGAAGGAGGGCAUUAUAGUCAAGUGGAAGGGAGAGAGGGAAGAGAAAAUAUAGAUACGACGAAACUGGCAUCCGUGCCGCUAUCCAAACAUUGCAGUGUUUCCCCUGCCUUGUACAGAAAUCUUACAUUAUCGAGAAUUGACAAGUUAUUUUUGCUGAAUCACGCCUUGAAACGCGUGACCGUUUUCCGUGUUGACCUCUGGUAAUAAUUGUAUAUAUCACGCUGAAUAAAGAAUCAUUGACCAAUAGUGUACUGUUGAUCUU